UGCCACCGGUCCCCAUGGAGAAAGGCUAUGGGCACCUCAAUGGUUUUGAGACUCGGGCCUCUCUUCCCGAAUGCUCGGGUCUUGUUUGCUUUGACGGUGUUUGCGACAUGUGCAAGUUUGCUCCGGAUGAUACUUCCUCUGUGGUCGGGAUCUGCUGGCUUACUUGGGCAAUCUCUGGAGACGAAUGUUCCCUUGCAACCCCAAGAAAAGUAUAAAGAACGCAUGAUGAUGCAUGGUCAGAAAAAGAAAAUUAUUACGCGGGAUGCCCAGGUGCCUUUCCAAUUCAAAUUUCACAUUUGCAAUGGACUGACAAAUCAAAAACUUCAAUUAUUAGAUGGCACCUUGGCCGGUUUAUUUUUGGGGGCGCAAAUCGUGUUGCCCAAGACUAUUGUGCUGAAUGGCGCUCAAUUUGUGUCGGUUACGGACCAGAACAGACAACCUUUGGAUCACAUCUUCAACAUGACUCGCUUUGAAACUAUGAUCCAACAAGUGUACCAUGUUUUUUGGUGUCGGCGCAAAAAAUCUCGAGCUUUCAAAAUAUGGUGCAAUGACACGCCCCCAGCCGCCAUCGUGUACGACGACGAAACACCAACGACAGUUGUGGAUAUCAAGUUGAAGCGGAAAGACUGGGCGGCCAAAGCUCUGACUCAGGUCGGUGAAGUGGCAUUGAAACAUAUUUCGGAUGACAAAAAUUCAAUGGAAACAAUGAGAAACAACCGCAUUUUGCGCAUCACGGUGCCAUGUGAAUUUUGGUUCGAAGUCAAGGUGGUCGAAGGAGGUGAUUUCUGGGAUGAAUUUUGGAAAAUUAAUGAUGCGCUGGAGUUCAACCAAGAGAUUCUCUGGGUGGGCAAGACUACCAAGCAUGCGUUGUUGACAGAUUUUAGCGAUGCUGCUCGAGAAAAGGCACGCAGAUUUGGAUACCGGUUUGACAAAGACUUGAUUCAGCACGGCGGUUACCAUGUCGUACACCUUCGAGCAGAACAAGAUUGGCAAGCGCAUUGCAAAGUCUGGCUGUCGUGGCGUGAAAAAAGAGACAACUGCAUAAAUAAUACUUUUUCCAUCGGGAAUGUGUUGCUGUCAGAGGGUAUUUCUCCUGCUUUGCCAGUCUAUUUGGCUACUGGCCUUUCUGAACGUGAAAUUCAAGGCCUGCAAGAUCUUUCUUCUAUGCAGAGUUUUUUCAACAUCUACACAGUCGUCACCAAAGGCAUGCUAGGGUUGCCGGCAGACGUUGGCAACAAGAGAGAAUAUUGGGCUGCAGUGGACUAUAUGUUCAGUCAAAACGCAGACUGGUUUGUGGGCAAUAGCAUUUCCACAUUUUCUGCUUUGACCAUGGAAGUUCGAACCCGACAAAAAAUGCCAAUUUUGCCUUACAAUGGAGGCACAAUGAAAUUGGAAGAAAUCAACUGUAUCCGGUCAAAUGCAUUGACAAUGAUACCUCCAAUGAGGGCAGAGAUUAAAUGGGUGUUCACUCUCCCUCGAAAAAUUGAGCAGAAUGAUUUGGUUUACAACAUGACGAUGGUGGCUGUGAAAAGUGCGGCUGCCAAAACUGGACUGAUCCCAGUCUGUGUGACUGCAGAGGAUCCUUCAUCAACAGUGCUUGUGAAACUUGUCUCUAUGGGCGUGAGGGUGAUCUACCACAGACCAGAAUGGUUGGAGAUUGCAGAAAGGAAUUUGCAGCAGAAAAAUGUUCGUGAGGCUCAAUUGGAUGCGAUGAUGGCGCAGUGGCUGCGCAUUGACAUUCCAGUCCUGGGGCUUUUGGAUGAAUUCGUUCUCUACACAGACAUUGAUGUUCUUUUCAUAGGCGACAUUUUUUGGAAAGACCUCUUGGGUAAGAAUCACCUGAGCCUUCGUGAAUCAUUGAUGCGCAACAUGUUUGGUAAGGGUUUCUUUGACGAGUAUGCAGCUACAGGCCGCAUUGGGGUUCCAAAAUUUCUUGGAGUUGCGGAGCGUUGGGGCUCAACCGUGCCAGCAUCGAAGAAUGAGGAUGGCUUGGACUGCGGCGUGAUGUUGAUGAAUCUACGUAGUUUACGUGAGUCUCACGAACGCUUCAGACAGUUUGUGCUCCGCAAGCAGUGGAAACAGCUGUUGAAACUGGCCGAUAUGCAUGGAUCUGAUCCUUGCGUCUAUGCUGGAUUCUAUCAGAUAUCCAAUUUGCCUGGACGAUUGGUUUGGAAACCGCAAGGAAUGCAGUUGGCAAGUCUUACCCAUUUUGAAGGCAUGAAUUGUGCAGGUGUUGCAGCUUACAUGAGAAAUGGUGGAAAUGAUGGAGCAAGGACACAGCCCUACAAAGAGAGGCUUGAGGAAUGUUUCGACCUUGAAUUUUGUCGGACCUCUUACCUGGAAUUCUGUUCAGACUAUACUGCAUACGUGCGAUAAAGCGGACAAAGGUCGAUAGUUCUGUUCCUAUUGCCAUUCGUGCCCUCAGGAAAGCUUCCGAAGACGCACAGCUGUGAGCAAGUAGGGGCUGUCCAUAUCGGUGAAUAAGUAGCAGGUUGACGCAUUCAUAGCUCAAGGUCUAAGGGUGUUUUCCCGAGUUUGUCCAAGGAGCAAUUAUUGAUCAACUCGUC